UCGUCCUAACCUUACCUACUGCUUACCUGGUCCGUAUAUAUAAAUACACGGACGUGACACGAGGUCACUCCCACAGACCUAUCUGCCGACCCGAACUCACCAUGCGCGUUUUCGUCUUCCUCGCUCUUGUCUGUUACGCUGCGGCGCAGCAGUGCGGGCGGUCCUACUAUGCUCCGAAGCAGUACGUUGACCGCAUCAUCGGCGGGACGGAGGCGAACCCGGGCAGCUGGCCCUGGAUGGUGUCUCUUCAGGACAACGGCUUCCCCUUCUGCGGAGGGACCCUCAUCAACAGAGAAUGGGUUCUCAGCGCCGCUCACUGCAGGAUCAAUGCCCGCCGACUGAUCGUUAUUGCUGGAGACCAUAACCUAGCUACCAACGAGGGGACCGAACAGGCCAUCAGAGCAGAGCGGGUUAUUGCACAUCCAGAUUAUAACCCCCACACUCUUGACAACGACAUCAUGCUCAUCAAGCUCAGCACUCCCGCGACUAUCAACUCACGGGUCAGCCCAGCAUGUCUACCGGGACAGGGCCAGCAUGUUUCCGACGGGACCCGUGUCACCAUCACGGGCUGGGGAAACACUCUUACCAGUGGAUCCAACUACCCGAACGAGCUUUACCAGGUCACGGUGCCCACCAUCGCCACCUCCACAUGUAACGCGGCGGACUCGUACGCUGGUGAGGUGACCAACAACAUGUUCUGUGCCGGCUUCAUGAAUGGCGGAAAGGAUUCCUGCCAGGGAGACAGCGGCGGCCCCGUGGUGAAUUCCGGUACGGUGUACGGCGUGGUGAGCUGGGGCUACGGCUGUGCUCAGGAAGGCUACCCGGGCGUCUACGUUAAGGUCGCCAAUUACGUCAACUGGAUCAACGGUUACGUCAGUGGACAGUCCACUUUCGGCAACGGCAACGGGCGACCAUGAUAAGAUGGCACCACCAGUAGGCGUCAGGGUGACCCCAACCGGACCGUCAAAUCUAUUGUCCAUUGAAAAAUAAAGCUACCGAUAUUCAUUAA